UGGCUUUUCUCAGGAACACAGAGCUCUCCUGUACGCAUACAGACACAGGGAAAGAGGGGAAAGAACCACGCCAGGAGGGCAACUCAGACAGUUGCUCUGAAUCAGGUCUCUCUACCUACACAUAGAGGGGAAAUGGAACCUUCCAGACCACCCUGAAAUAACUUUUAAAACGGGUUCUAAUGUUUUCCUGAGAAACUAAAAAUGAGUUGCUCCUGGAUUCCCAGGGAGAUUAUUCCAGGACAUGCUUCCUGCCUCUGAACAGUUUGACUUGACCGGGAAAGUCAUUGGAAUUUCACUCGGCUUUACAUCACUGGAAGUGACAUUUAACGUACAGUGGAGUCAAGGCUGUUUGUGAUUGGAGAUAGUGAUCUAUAUGCAACACAGCAGGGUCUUGUUGCCAUACAGGAUUACAGGAGAGCAGGGGUUAUACCUGGAGCCCUCCUGGAGAGGUUAAGAAGAGCUAGGGGAUUUGUCCUCACAAAGGCCUUUUGUUCACUGAAACCAGUAGAAGUGGAACACAAAUUGGCAGGUCGAGGUUCCUCUUGGUGUAGAGAUGAGCCUUUUUUGACACCCUGAAUGGACACAUUGUGCUCGGGUAGCCUCUACCUGCUGGCUAGGAGUUCACUGGUCUAAGUACAUGCUACAUGACAGUUAAGGGGUCUGUGAAAAUGGACAGUGUAAGUAAUAGCUCUAACGGUCAGGGGAAGCAGCAAUCCAGUUCGUUCCGCAGUAAAAUCUCCACUAUGUUUACACGUGGGGACAAGCCUGAGCCUCAGAGGCUGGCGGGAGAGACUGCGGUGCUGACGGCUUUCAGGACCCUGUCUGAUGAAGAUAACUAUCUCACAGGGGUUCAUGAUCAAAGUGCUCUGGAUGUUAUCAGUGACGACAGACUUCAAGUGGGGGGAGAUGUGAGGGGUAGGCGUGAGGUUCUUCAUAAUGGAGAGGCCACCUUCCUUGAUACGGAGGACAGGAUGGAAUCAUGGGAGAAUGAGUCCAGUAAGAAGAGUAGCUCGGUGACCUCUCCUCCUAACCCAGGCCAAGUGUCUGUGUCCAUGGCCGACCCAGAUCUGGUCCAGGUCACUAGGGUGGAGAUCUGCAGCGACACAGUAAUGGAAAUUGAGGAGGGGAUCAGCAGCCUCAGCCAAUCAGACAAGCAUGACACCCCUGGAAUGUCCCUCCCACCUGACGAUGACCAGUGGACAGUGAACGAUAAUAACAUUGGUCAGCUGCCACCCGCUGGCCCAGUGAGAGGUGCCAUUGAUACAGACUUAGAGCUGCCUGUGUUCAAGCCAGAAAGUCUUGUGGAAAGAUCCCUCAAAGACACCUCUGUUCUGUUCUCUGGAAGGAUUAUGGGCAGAUCUGACAGUGGGACAGAUCUUGGUCUCUUCUCCUCUGUCUCCAAACCACAAGUGCCUGGAGACGGCUGCAGCACGUACCUAUCCACUGAUCCCAGGCCUGUGGAGGUGGGUGUGGAUGCAGCAGCCAUGGGUGCAGAGGGGUCCAGCCAUCAUCACCACAAAGUAGCCAAAGGCUUCAGCAUCAGCCAGGAGGUAUUGGGCCUUACUGACGUGUGUGCUGGAAACCCUGCAGUGGCUUCACCUCUUAACCUGUCUUUGACCUCAGAACCCCAGACAUCGGAGGCAGCAGCAGACAACACUGCCUUUCCGUCAGGACAGCCAGCGGACCAAGAUACUGGACAGAGGAAGGAAAUAUUGUCGGAAAACACUGGAACUGAGGAGCAUAGAGAGCAUGCUCCCUGCUUCGACUCCCCUUCCGCCCUCUCUGAUUCCAGGCCACCUGAAGCAGCAGAGCCAUCUUCCCCCUGCCUGGAGGAGCAGCCUGACACGCAUGUCCCUGGAAAGUCCCCAGUUGACAGCCAGCCAAGUGCCAUUCCUGUCUCUGUCUCGCCCAGGGACCAAGGCGACAUGCCUGCCACUAGGAGGCCCGAUACAGACCCGGCCUCCACCACAUUGUCUCCCGCCAGGGGCAUAGCCUCCUGCCAGGCCCCCUCCUUCGGAAUUCCUACCCUGUUCAGCAUGCUGCGGGUUCUGAAGAAGGGGGCUGUGGGGGAGGAGAGGGAGACCGUGUCUGAGAUCAAACAGAGAGACACUGACCUGGCCCUGCUGAGCCUGAAGAAGAGCAUCAACAAAAUCAAGAACCUCCCUGAGCAGAUCACCUCCAGUAGCAGCACCCCCAAGAAACGUCCCGAGCCCAAACCUGUGUCUGAGACCAAGAGUAAUCUCUUAGGGCAGAUCAGCCAGCUACUCAACCUAGACGGGACCAAGGCCGAGGACAAGCCAGACCCAGACAGGGACCCGGAGAGGAGGGAGGAGGGAGUGACAGACAAGGGUCCAGAGCACAUCCCCAUCACCCCACCAGCAGACAGCAGGAAAGCUUCACACACAACACUUGACACCUUCAAGAGGUCCAAACCUGCUAAAAAGGAUACAGAAGAGCCUGUGGAUUUAGAGGCUGUCAAGGAAAAUAACAGAAGUGAAAAGGAGCUGCUGAAAUCCAUCUGUGAGAGAACCUCCAAGUCUCCUAGCAGCAGUGAGCAAAAAGGUCCAGCAGAGUCUAACUCUGAGGUCACCUCCCCUGCAGACAGUGAGGACCGGACCCCCGGGCGGCUCCAAGCCAUCUGGCCCCCGCCCAAGCCCAAGGAUGAGGAGGAGAAGGUGGGGCUCAGGUACACCGAGGCAGAGCACCAGGCUGCCCUCUUGCAGCUGAAGAGAGAAUGCAAAGAGGAGUUGGAGAAAUUACAUACGGACUUUGAACUCCAAAUCUUCCAGGUGCGUGGGGAGCAUGCUGUGUCAGUGUCCCGGCUGGAGGGAGUCAUCAGCAAGAUGCAUACAGACCGUUACCAGGCCUUUAGCCAGGGUCUUGAGAGGGACAAGCUCCGCGAGACCUGUGUGUCCACUGAGGACGACAUGCCCCCCAAAACUUUCCGUAACGUCUGCAUCCAGACAGACAGGGAGACCUUCCUCAGGACCCCCGAGGGUGAGGCCAGCCGGUCUGGUCUCAGCCCCAGCCAGAACGUGCCUAAGAAACUCAACCUGGACUCCAUCAACCUGAGUCUGCAUGGAGGACUGCCUGGCCCACCUCCUCCUCCUCUUCCUCCUCCUCCCCCUCCUCCUCCACUCCCUGGCCAAGUAGGACUGCUUCCACCUCCUCCUCCCCCGUUACCUGGCAACAUGGGGCCACCGCCUCCACCCCCCCUCCCAGGUUUUGGUCCCCCACCUCCCCCUCCCCUUGGGUUACCUGGAGCUGGCCCUCCUCCUCCCCCUCCUCCUGGGUGCGGCCCACCUCCUCCUCCUGGGGGAGGAUUUGGGUUUGGGUUCGGCCAGGCAGCAGAGAAGGCCCCAAGGAAGCCUGCGUUGGAACCGGCCACUCCCAUGAAGCCUCUAUACUGGACCAGGAUACAGAUCCAGGACAAUAAUAAUAAUACACUGUGGGGUUCACUGGAGGAGCCAGAUAUCGUAGACACCAAGGAGUUUGAGGACCUGUUCUCCAAGGCCACUCUGCAGCCGAAGAAGAAGCCCCUUUCAGACAGCUAUGAGAAGAAGGCCAAGACUAAGAAGAUUAUCAAGCUGCUGGAUGGGAAACGUUCCCAAGCAGUGGGCAUCCUCAUCUCAAGUCUGCACCUGGAAAUGAAGGACAUUCAGCAAGCUGUUUUGACUGUGGAUAACUCUGUGGUGGACUUGGAGACCAUCGAGGCUUUAUAUGAAAAUAGGGCCACUAGUGACGAGCUGGAGAAGAUCAAAAAACACUAUGAAACAUCCAAGGAGGAUGAGGUGAAGCUACUGGACAAGCCUGAACAGUUCUUGUAUGAACUCUCCCAGAUUCCAGACUUCUCUGGCCGGUCCCACUGCAUCAUAUUCCAGUCUAUCUUCCUCGACUCCAUGUCCUCCAUCCACCGCAAAGUAGAAAUAGUCUCCACCGUGAGCAAAGAUCUGCUGGACUGUAGCAGUGUGAAGGAUGUGAUAGGGCUGGUCCUAGCCUUUGGGAACUACAUGAACGGAGGCAACAGGACGCGAGGUCAAGCUGAUGGCUUUGGCCUGGAGAUCCUGCCCAAACUGAAGGACGUCAAGAGCAGGGACAAUCGUAUCAGUCUGGUGGAUUAUGUGGUUGCAUACUAUCUGCGCAAUUUCGACGAGCACGCAGGAACAGACAAGAGUGCAUUCCCACUUCCUGAACCACAGGAUUUCUUCCUGGCCGCUCAGGUCAAGUUUGAAGACCUCACAAAGGACAUGAGGAAGCUGAAGAGAGACCUGACUGCGUGUGAAAAGGAUGUGCAGAAGGUGUGUGCUAACUCCUCCGAGGAGAACCUCCAGCCCUUCAAGGAGAAAAUGGAGGCCUUCGUCUCGACCGUUCAAAAGGACCACACUGCUGAGGACGACCAGCUCAAAGCUGCACAGAAAAGCUUCCUGGACAUGGUGAGCUACUUUGGGCUCAAGCCAAAGUCUGGGGAGAAGGAGGUGGCCCCCGGUUACGUCUUCAUGCUCUGGUAUGAGUUCUGCAGCGACUUUAAGAACACUUGGAAGCGGGAGAGUAAGAACAUCUCCAAGGAGAGGCUGAAGGAAGCACAGGAGAACAUCAAAAAGAUCACAGCUAAGAAGAGGGUGGAAACCAAGAAGAUCAAUGCCAACAGUCUGAAAGAAAGACUGCGUCAGAAAGAAGCCAGCGUGUCCUCCAGCUGAAGAGGAUGAUCAAUGAAGAACAGAGUGGAGAGAGAGGAAGUGGAGAGAGGAGAUGAUCACUUCUUCCCUUCACCACCUGCCUCUUACCCAACAUCAUACCUCAUAUAGCCCUCUGUGCCCCCACACUGUGGACCUCUCUACUACGGCCCAUUCUACCGUCCUUACUAACUGGACCAUAUCCACUACUCUCUUCCAAUUCAGCCUCUUCCCCAGAUGAGAGGCACCUUUUGUGGGCUUCUAUCACUGUGUAUCCCUAUGACCACCAUCCAGACCAACAUGUACACCAUGGGAAAGAGGAAACUGAAUGCCACCCUGCAGCAGAUAUGCAGGCUGCUAAGUCUAUACAGAGGGUCCAUAGCUGACUAAACCGCUGACAUGAUGAGACUCACAGGGGAUAAAGGUCAACCUCAUUCAUCCAGACUGGUGUGACCUUUGAAUGGCCAGCCUGUAGAGCCUGCUCUGAGGCGUGCUGGGGUUCAGGACAAUGAGCACUCCAGCUGACAUAUCUACAGUGAUGACCCCUGACCUCUAGGACCUACAUACAUUCCUCAGUCUGGGUUUCAGGACAGCAUCACACAUCGUGAGGACAUAUAGUCCUAUGUAUUGUAGCCAGGUUAUGCAACAACUACAGACGAGGCCUCAUUGUUGCUGAGCUAUGUUAACAAAUAUGGCAAUCUUCACUCAGUGAAAUUAUUACGAUUACGUAAGACAUUCAGGAGUUGUUAUUCUAACAAUGAUUUAGAAUAUGAAAGCAGUAUACAAUACUUUAAUGUAAAGAAUAGCUUUUCAUCUGCUGUGGCCCAUCCAUGUUUGAAGUGUGUCUUGUAAAUGUAUUUCAAUUGGUGUUUGUUUUCAAAUGAGCAGGGACAGAAACGUUUGACCUGAUGUUGUAUUGUGAAGAGAAUCGGCAGUCUUUAUUGGACUGAGAGUCCUGUUGAAUUCAUAGCAAUGUGGGUCCUGGUCAAAGGUAGAAACAGGAUGUCGUACCAGUGUUGACUUUCUCACUGUACCAGACUGACCCCUCCUGGGUGAUAGCCAGAGAAUGCAGCAAUGCCUUGCUCUCAGCCCCUGAGUCAGACGUGACGCUCUGAGAUUAACAAGCAACCUUGCUAUACGCUAUGCUGAGGAAAGCAACAGGUCAUCUGAUUGUGGCUGCCCUGACACAUUUUUUAAGUGUAUAUGAUAGAAUAGUUAGUUGUUCCCAAUGAAUUUUGUUUAUGACAUAUGUAUGUCACAAUCCUAUGCACUUUCCUGCUUGCAUCAGCUGUAUUUAGUAGCUACAUCCUUCUGUUAUUGUCAGAAUGGUACUUAAUCAAAUGUACUGAACUUUCUAGCACCUCAACUUGAACUCCUAUGCAAUUCUAUGGUUUCUGUGCUAUGAUAACAUUUGUGAAUUAACAUGUUGUGAUAAAUUGCAUCAUCCAUGUAUUUUUUGGAGAGAACUAUAGUAUAUUUAUUUAACAACAAAAAAUGUCUUUGACGUCUGGAAGAUUUCAACUUUGUCUUGGAAAACUAUAGACAGGGGUUUAACCAUUAUUUAUAUAUUAAAAUGAAAAUUGUAUGCCAAAACAUCAUUUCUUUUUUUCUUUGAGUUUGUAUUUUUGUAAUUUAUUUUGAUUCCUGCCUUAGCUCGAGGAGGAUGCAUGAAUGGCUCAGUAGUCAGGUGAAAGAAGUGUUUAGUUUCAUAUGGAUGUGACCUACAGUGCCUGCGGAAAGUAUUCAGACCCUUUGACCUUUUCAUUAUUUUUUUUAAGUUACAGCCUUGUUCUAAAAUUGAUUAAAUAGUUUUUCUUCUUCUUCAAUCUACACACAGUACCCCAUAAU